AUGAAGGAGAAGGAGAUCAAUGAAGCACUCGCCACGGCAAAGAAGGAAUCGGAACAACAAAAACAACAGCUGGAGCAGCUUCAGAGACAGCACGAAGAAGACAAGCAAAGCUUUCAGACCCAACUCGAGGAGCAAAAGGCAUUCGGAAAGGACAUGCAGACCAGAAAGAACAAUAUCCUGGUGAAUGAACGCUUGUACAAGAAGGAGGCUGAAGAACUGCGUGAGGAAACAGCGACACUGAUAGAGAAGCAGAAGGCUUUGGAGGAUGAGAUCACCUCUUUGAAGAACUCCAUCACCUAG